AUGGACGAAAGACGAGGUAGUGCAGGUGUCGUGGACACUUUGGCUCGCUCUUCUGACCAUUCCACUCCUUCAUCCUCCUCUGCUGAAGCAACCACCGAUUUACGAAGUCUUGCACUUCGAGCACAAACACUGUCGAGUACUCUCGAUACGCUCCGCAAGCACUGUGGACAUGAGAGCACCUCGUCGGAUAUUGCUACUGUCAUUGAGGAGUUGAAGCUGCUUGCCUCGGAGCUCCACAGCCUCGAUUCCGCGGUCCAGGCCAACAAAGAACUCUAUACCGAGGCGUUUGGUGAAGAUCUGGGCGAGAUUCGUGCACAUCUCAGGGGCAUCUUUGAAGACAUUGCAGAUUGCUGCAAAGAGAUGCAAAAGGCCGAUGGCCCAAACACCAGCGCAGUGGGCUGGCUGACCAAGAAGAGAUACGUACGCAAGUUGCAGAAACACUUGGAAGUCAACAAGACCACCCUGAUUGUGAUGCGCACUGUCCUACACCAUGGCAAGGAAUAUGGAACUUACAACUCUCCCGGUCGCCUAGCCGAGUCCUCACCACACACCUUGCAAGAAGAUCUUGCUAUCCUUGAGACUGUCUUUGCAAGCAGGACCGCCAUCAAGGACCUCCAGACCCUUGCCAAAAAGGCCCAUGGACAUUCGCCUUCAACUUCCUCGAUAGGAAUUAACGAUCCCUCUCCAACCCUCCAACCAGGCGCACACGGCCGAAACUUGUCGUCUGCUACGGGUGUCGACAUUCCAGUGAUGGGAGACGUACUUCCAGCCAGCACUGCAGAUGAAAAGGGGAAGAAACAAGAUGCAUUAGCACGGAGGUUCUCCCGCCGCGGAGUGCGGCUGGCUGUCCACAGCUCAAUCAUGGACACUAACGCACACGACGUCCCCAUCUCACUCCGGAGGAAAUGGAUUCACGACGCUCAACUUCGACAUGGCCCUGACUAUAUGGAAGCGGAUGGCCAAUCUGCUGCUCAGCUAAGCAAGAUUUCCGAAGUCAACUCCAAUUCUGGACAGGACGACGAGUCGGCAAAGCAAGGUCGUCAAUCAAGUCUCACCACGCCGGAGGGUCAAACUGUUAGCAUCGCUUCAUCAACGUCGGGCCCGCUCUCGACGAAUUCGAAGAAAAGCUCGUCGCUGGCAAACUCUCCAUUGGGUAGGAAAUUCGGGAGUGUCAUUGCUCGACUUUCUCGCCCGGCCAGUGAGCAACACGAAAGUGCUAGUGAACAUAGUGCCGAGGCAAAGGUGCAGGGGGGGGAAUCGACAGUGAUUAAGAAAGAAAUGUCGGCAAAGGAGAAGCCUGGAUGGUCCUACCGUUUAACCAGGCCCUUUGUGAAGUCGGAGCUGACCACACCUGAUUUCGAACGAGGUUUUUGA